AGCUCGUCCUUUUCGUUCGUCCUCAGUGCAGGAUAACGAAGCAGUCAUCUUUUUCUCGGCUUCUUCUAAAACAACGAGACAUUUUACUCAGAACGCAUCAUUAGACUAGCUCCACCGCCAUUAUCCCGUCCACAACACGACUGUUGAACAGAUUUACAACAUUAAGCGUGCCAUUUUUAAGAGACAAUCAUCGCCAGUGCUAACUAUGGAUGUGAUCGUGCGACGCUGCCCGUUCCUGGCUCGUAUGCCCCAGGCUUUCUUCCAGCAGUCCAAAAAGUCAAUGGUGGUUUACGCCCAGCGGUGCCCUAUCAUGAUGGAGCUUGCCUCUAAACCAAUGGCUCCAUCUAUGGCAAGGGCCCUCUGCUCCUCCUCCUCCUCCUCCUCCUCCUCCUACGAGAGGACCGAGGACACCAUGUCUGCUAGUGAAGGCCCCAAACAGGAAGAGGAGCCCAAGCUGCCUGCCUGCCACCCUGUGGUACCCUCAGGCCAGACAGCAGCCUCCAAAUGCCCUUUCCUGGCUGCUGAGAUGGGCCAGAAGAACAGCAGUGUGGUCCGCCAGGUCAGCAUGGAGUUCCAAGAGGAUGUUCAGGAAGUCCGCACUGUUCAGAAAGAGGUGUCCCCUGCCCAGCUGGAUAAGCCGUCCCUGGUCAGUACCAUUAAGAGAAGCGGAGGGGAUCAAGCUAAUUUGAUGAAGACCCUCCUGAAGCAGCGACCUAAAAAUGUCUCCCACUUGCUGCAGGACAACUUGCCAGGCAGUUUGUCCCGCUACCAAUACGACGACUUUUUUGAGAAGAAGAUAGAAGAGAAGAAGAGCGACCACACGUACCGUGUGUUCAAGACUGUGAAUCGUCUGGCCAACGAGUUCCCCAUGGCCGACGACUUUACCGGCUCUUUAGAGGAGAAGAGGGAGGUGUCCGUUUGGUGCAGCAACGACUACCUGGGCAUGAGUCGACACCCACGGGUCGUGCAGUCCAUUAUGGAUACUUUACGAAAGCAUGGCUCAGGGGCAGGAGGCACCAGGAACAUCUCUGGGACCAGUAAAUUCCACGUGGAACUGGAACAAGAGCUGGCUGACCUUCACAAGAAGGACGCAGCACUGCUCUUCACCUCCUGCUUUGUCGCCAAUGACUCCACCCUCUUCACCCUCGCCAAGAUGCUACCUGGUUGUGAGAUCUACUCUGAUGCGGGGAACCACGCCUCAAUGAUCCAGGGUAUACGAAACAGUGGUGCUAAGAAAUUUAUAUUCCGCCAUAAUGAUGUCGCCCAUCUUCGAGAGCUUCUACUGAAAGGAGACCCCACGAAACCGAAGAUAGUGGCCUUUGAGACCGUCCAUUCUAUGGAUGGUGCUGUGUGCCCGCUGGAGGAGAUGUGCGAUGUGGCCCAUGAGUUUGGCGCUAUCACCUUCGUAGAUGAGGUUCAUGCUGUGGGCCUGUACGGCGCGAGAGGAGGGGGUAUCGGAGACAGGGAUGGCAUCAUGCACAAGAUGGAUAUCAUCUCGGGGACACUAGGCAAGGCCUUUGGUUGUGUGGGUGGGUACAUCGCGAGCACCGCCGCCCUGGUGGACACGGUGCGUUCAUACGCUGCUGGUUUCAUCUUCACCACCUCUCUGCCACCGAUGCUGUUACACGGAGCCAGGACCUCAAUCCAGAUUCUUAAAGGGGAAGAAGGCCGUGCGCUGAGACGCAAACACCAGCGCAACGUCAAGCUGCUCAGGCAAAUGCUGAUGGAUUCGGGCCUGCCAGUGGUGCACUGCCCCAGCCACAUCAUCCCAGUCCGGGUAUCGAAUGCUGAGAAAAACACAGAGGUGUGUGACCUCAUGAUGAGUCGCCACAACAUUUACGUGCAAGCCAUCAACUACCCCACUGUUGCCAGGGGAGAAGAGCUUCUGCGUAUCGCCCCAACGCCUCACCACACCCCUGAGAUGAUGAAAUACUUUGUUGAGAGGCUGGUGCACACCUGGAAGGAGGUGGGCCUGGAUCUGAAGCCCCACUCGUCAGCAGAGUGCACGUUCUGCCAGCAGCCGCUGCACUUUGAGGUGAUGAGCGAGCGCGAAAAGUCUUACUUCAGUGGCCUUAGCCACCUCAUCUCAGCCUGCGCAUAA